AUGCAAAGAAACACAAGCAGCAGUAAUAGCAAAAAUAACAGUGCUCGUGUGAUCAUAGCCUGCCGUGAUCUGCCCAAAGCCGAAGCAGCCGCCUCUGAGAUUCGUACUGCCACGGGUAACAACAAGGUGACGGUACGCAAACUAGACCUGGCUUCUCUUGCCUCGGUGAGAGAGUGCGCCAAGAAGAUCAAGGCAGAGGUGAAAAAGCUGGAUAUACUCAUCAACAAUGCAGGAAUCAUGAUGUGCCCACCGCUGAAGACAGAAGAUGGGUUCGAGAUGCAGCUUGGUGUCAAUCAUCUGGGCCACUUCCUUCUGACCAAUCUCCUGCUGGAUAUCAUCAAAUCCUCCGCCCCUGCUCGCAUCGUCAACGUAUCCUCCCUCGCCCACGACUUCAAUAACGCCAAGAUGUUCUGGGAUGACAUCAACCUGGAGAAGAACUACGACCCGGUGGCGGCCUACGGGCAAAGCAAACUGGCCAACGUUCUCUUCACCGUUGAGCUAGCGAAACGUCUCAAAGGUACUCAGGUGACAGCCAACUCCUUGCAUCCAGGAACUAUCGAGACUGAGCUCACGCGCCACACGCAGAAGGCCAUGAGUCUUCCAUGGAGAAUCUUCUUCAGGAUCAUGUGCUCUCCCAUCGGUAAUUUCUUCCGUAAGACGGCUGUGCAGGGCGCGCAGACCACCAUCCACUUGGCCGUGUCUGAGGAACUGAAGAACACUACUGGCCAGUACUACAGUGAGUGCGUUCCUGCCAAGACCAACAAGCAGUACGUGAACAGCGAGAACGCCCGCCGCUUGUGGGAGAUGAGCGCCGAGAUGGUUGGAUUGGAUAAGAAGGUGGACUAA